AAAAAAUAAAAAAAAGGAACUUCCGCCCAAAAAUUUCGGAAGUUCCAUGGAGGAUCCGCCUGGAAUUUCCGGAUCCUCCAUGGAACAUCCGGAAUUUCUGGGCGGAUGUUACUUCCGCCCAAAAAUUCCGGAUGUUCCAUGGAGGAUCCGAAAUUUCCAGACGGAUCCUCCAUGGAACUUCCGAAAUUUUUGGGCGGAAGUUCCUGGGAUCCGAAAUUAAAAAAAAAAAAUUACCUCUUCGCCACCAUCGCCGCCACCGCCGCUGCCACCAGCGCCGUUGAAGCUUCUCCCUCCGAAUCUCAGCCUAAUCCGCCUCGAAUCACCCUUUUUUUUUGUGUUUAUGAUGAUUUUUGUUUUUUUAAAAAAUGAAGAAAAUUUUUUGAAUUUUUUUUUUAAAUAGAGUGUUUUAGAGAGUUAGAGAGUAAGAGAGUUGGAGAGUAAGAGAGUUAGAGAGAGAAGUAAGAAAGUGAGAAAUGUUGGUCGGGAAGAAAAAAACCGUAUUUAUAUAUUAGGGGUAAAAUUGGAAUUUCAAGACAAAAAGGGACCGUUACCCGGUAAAAUGGGAGCGACAAAUAACAACACCCAACUGAUUUGUACUCCAUAUAUAUCCCUCAAUUUUCAUCUCAAUAAAAGUUGGGAUUCCAUUCUAGGAAAAAAAAAAAAACCUUAAUUUAAUAAAGACUAUAUUCAGAUCUUGGAUUGAGAUAGAUGGGUGCCUCCGAUCCACCUCCAGAGCAUCAUUCAGGUGUCUUGGAAUUUUGUGGUGGAAUGAUGCUCAACAAGCUCCAAAAUGGGAAUGAAGGUACAACACUCAUAAAAGAAGAUAGGAUCAGUCAUUUACCCGAUCAUAUAUUAGGUGAGAUACUUGCAUUCAUUCCCUUAAAGGACGCGGUUGCUACAAGUGUAUUGUCAAGGCGAUGGAGGCGUGUUUUUACUUGGGUAACAUACCUUAACCUCGAUGACACACCUAAUUGUCAUGACUAUUGUUUGAUGCGUACUCCACACACGAUUGAUUCUUUCCCUAAUUUCAAGAUGUAUGUUGAUAAGGUAUUGCAACUAUGUCACUCUAACAAUAUGGAUAUAUCCACAUACAUACUUCACUUUGGAAAAAGGAAGGGCUGUUUCCAUAAUCUAUGUUUUGAAGGUUGUCUCCCUGUAUUGGACCCUAUGCAUCUCGAUGCUUGGAUCAGUUUUCCCUUAGCCUGUGGGGUUAAGGUGCUCGACAUUAUAGCUCGUGUUAGGAAACCUAGUAAGAUACCCUCAGCCCUAUAUCGUUGUCCAACACUAGAAGUGUUGAAACUCGAUGUUAAUGUUAAUAAUCUUGAUCUCAACAUCUCCUUUCGUAUUCAUUUGCCAAACUUGAAGGUAAUCCAUCUUACUUUUCUUAAGCACACUCCUAACGAUGACUCCGUGGCUAUGCUAGUUGCUAGUUGUCCAUCCCUCCAAGACUUGGUACUCAAUGCUGAAUGCUUUAUAAAUAUAAAUCUCAUUACUUCACAAUCUCUUCGUAGAUUAGUUAUCAAUUUUUCUGGUAAUACAUGGAUUGAUAUUACGAGUUUUACGACUAAAAGGCUCCCAAGGAGAGAGUUUGAGCUUGAUGUUCCUAAUCUCGAGCAUCUAACGUAUGUGGACUCUGCGGUGGUCAUCUACUCCAUCACCAAAAUGAACAAUCUAGUCAAUGCUCAAGUCGAUGUUACAGACCUUUAUUUUGAUGGUUCUAUAUUCGGUAUUUUCAGCGGGUUGUCGAAUGUCCAAAGUUUGUAUCUCAUGUCAAGGACUACAAAUACAAUGGCAUUGAUGGCUUGUGGUACAAUAAUAAAUCUUAAGCUGCCUUUGUUUGGUAACCUCAAGCAUUUGCAGCUUGGCUGUGAGGGUUAUUAUAAUUGGAAUAACGUAUUGAUAGAGCUCCUACACCGUGCACCUUUUCUGGAAACACUCACUUUUAUGGAGUUCUUCACAUUCUUCCCUUUCCUCGAUUUCCAGGAAAUGAUUGUUCAAGAGAAGACACAGGCAUCAAGUUCAGUUAAUGACGAUAUUGAUCUUGAUGAGUUGAUGGAUGAUCCAGAGCUAGAGAAACUGCAUUCUGAGAGAAUUGCAGCACUACAGAAUCAAGGCCAUGGAGAAUAUAGAGACAUAACUGAAGGGGAUUUCUUGGGUGAAGUUACUGGCAGCGAAUUAGUUAUCUGUCACUUCUACCACCAGGAGUUUUAUCUAUGCAAGAUAAUGGAUAAGCAUCUGAAGGCGCUUGUACCCAAGUACCUUGGUACUAAAUUCUUAAGACUGGACGCUGAGAACGCCCCCUUUUUCAUAUCCAAGCUCGGAAUCAAAACUUUGCCAUGUGUUAUAUUGUUCAAGAAAGGAAUAGCAGGUGAUCGACUUGUUUGGUUUCAAGACCUUGGAGCUAAAGAUGAUUUCGCGACAAAGAGACUAGAAAUUUGUUGAUCAAGAAACUUUAAACGGGUUGCAGUAGCCGACCCCACUUAUGGGAUUAAGGCUUUGAUUGAUUGAUUGAAACGGGUUGCAGUGCUUGCUAUUCUGUGUCUGACCUGUUGUUUUUACAGGUAUUAUCAAAGAGGAGGAAAAAGAUGAAGACGAGGAUGAUUAUUCUGAAAGUAAACGAACAUCGGUCAGAUCAUCAUUGAACCUUGGUUCAGAUUCCGAUUAGUGAUUUAACAGAAGGAAAGAAGGCAACUUUUUUUUUUUAAAAUACCUUGUAUUAUGUACUGAUCAUCAAGCUCGUGUGAUAAUCAGUUCUGUAAGCCCUUCUUCAACUUUUUUGGUUCAUAAUCCUUGUGUUUUGUGUUAGUGAAACUUUUAAUGUGAAAGGUAUAUCUCCAAAAUUAUAUGGAGUAGUUCGUACAUGUAGUCUUAAGAUAAGACUAUCCUUGGGCCUUGUAUAUUUUUCUUUCAAAAUGAUAUAUGUUCAUGUUAUUAUUGUUAAAAUGAUGACACAUCUGCUUACUAAAUUCACAAAUGCUCUGAAGAAAAAAGGAAGAACAUUGCGAUACACGAACUGGACAAUAAUUGUAGGGAAUUAUGCCAGUAUAUGAACAUACAGCAUCUAAUCUCAAGGAACAAAAGAAUAGUCUGAAUCUUUUUUGGGGAAAAAAUAUCGACCGAUGAAGAUAAGCAUAAACUGGAAGAAUUAUUCAUGAGACCUACUCCCUCCCUAAGAACUUCAAAAGCAUUCCCGCAUUUCGUAGAACUAAAGUUUUAAACUAGCAUUAUAACAACUAAAUUAGGCAGAUCCGCAGAUGACAUCUAAACCAGGGUAUUGGUGGAGUUGGGGGUCUGCCAUGGUGGGCUAAACGGGAAGGGGGAGGGGAGCACAAACGGGAACGGGGAAUUAUUUUGGGGACAACCAAAGCUUUUGUUGAACAUCUUUCGAUUUGUCAGACGCUGGAACAUGCCUGGGAUUUAAGAUGGAUGCUUCAUUGUCGGACAAAGUUGGAGCAAAGGAUUGUUCAGGUUUACCGUCUUUGCAGCAAAACAUGGUGUCAGCAGAAGAAUGUGAUGUGAUAUGCUGCCAGUUGAAUCUUUCAUUAGCUUCUUCCCCUGUACAACUCAAUCAAAAGGCCUGGAGCUUCAGAUACAGAGGAGGCUUCUUCAUGUUAUAGGGCUCUACCUGGUGAUGAGCAAGAAGACAGAGGGUCAAGCCAUGGAAUUUCCAGAAAUGCAAAGAAUUUGGUAAGCUCACUCUUUGAGCUGCUACAUAUAAUAUGAGUAGGAUUUGUAUAGACAAUUACAUUUGAAAUUAUCCAGAUCUAUACGAUUUAAACUAUGCCAACCAUAAUUUAAGUUGAAUCGACUAAACAUUAAAUGUUGUAUUUUGUAUAUAAUAAUCUAAUAUGAGUAGUAUUCUGCUGAAAUCUAAUUGUUUCUUUUGA